GGUGCAAUAUCAAAUCAGUUGCUGGCCGUGCCACUGGAAGCGAAACUGCCAGCACAUAAGUGAAUUAAUAAUCGUCUCUCUCUCGCGGGGUUUGUCAUUUCGGAAAAGUGACAACGCAGGCGGCAACUCUGAGUGAAGUGAGAUUUUAGGUUAGGAACGUGCAAGGGUGACCGACCGGCGAUAAAAAAAUGGAUACCGUCAAAAUAGCGGAGUUGCUGCGGGCCACCAUCGAGCCGACGCAGCGAUUGCAGGCCGAGGAGCAGCUGAACCAGGUACACAAAAUCAUCGGCUUCCUGCCCAGCCUGAUGCAGGUGAUCAUGCAGAACGAUUUGGAUAUGCCGGUCCGGCUGGCGGGCGCAAUCUACCUGAAGAACCUCGUCAACAGCAGCUGGCAGGAUCGGGAGGCGGAAGGGGCCGGUCUUCCGAUUCCGUUCGCCAUUCACGAGCAAGAUCGGGCGAUGGUGCGCGAUACGAUCGUGGAAGCGAUCGUACACGUACCGGCGGACGUGAUCAAGGUGCAGCUAUGCUUCUGCCUCAGCCACAUCAUCAAGAACGAUUUCCCCGGCCGGUGGACGCAGGUGGUGGACAAGGUGAGCCUGUGUUUGCAGAACAGCGAUCCGAAUGCGUGGCACGGGGCCCUACUGUGCAUGUACCAGCUGGUCAAGCACUACGAGUACAAGAAGUCAUCCGAGCGCGGCCCUCUGACCGAGGCGAUGAACCUGCUGCUGCCGCAGAUCUACAACAUCAUGAUGAACGUGAUCAACGAACCGUCGGAGCAGAGCGUGCUGCUGCAGAAGCAAAUCCUGAAGAUCUUCUACGCCCUCACGCAGUACUCGUUGCCGCUGGAGGUGAUCAGUAGGGAUGUGUUUUCCAGCUGGAUGGAAAUCUGUCGCCAAAUUCUCGACCGCCCGGCACCCGAUCCUACGCACAUCGAGGAGGAGGAGCGACCACAGAUGCCUUGGUGGAAGACGAAAAAAUGGGCCUCACACAUCAUCUUGCGCAUGUUCGAACGGUACGGCAGCCCGGGCAACGUCAUCUCGAAGGAGUACAAAGAGUUUGCCGAUUGGUUCCUGCAGACGUUCACCAGCGGUAUGCUAACGGUUCUCCUCAAGAUACUCGAUCAGUAUCGCAAUAAGCUUUACGUGUCACCCCGCGUCAUGACGAACACGCUCGACUACAUCAAGACGGCGGUGUCGCAUGCCUUCUCGUGGAAGAUGCUGAAGCCGCACAUGCUGGCGAUCAUCCGCGACGUGAUCUUCCCGCUGAUGUCGUACACUGACGCCGACGAGGAGCUCUGGGAGAGCGAUCCGAUCGAGUAUAUUCGCAAAAAGUUCGACGUGUUCGACGACUUCGUUUCGCCGGUCCAGUCGGCCGAGAUGCUGCUGCACAAUUGCUGCAAAACACGCAAAGGUAUCCUGACGCAGGUGAUGCAGAUCAUCAUGCAGAUCAUCAACACGCCCAAUCUGGGCCACAAGGAGAAGGACGGUGCACUGCACAUGGUCGGCUCGUUGGCGGAGGUGCUGUUGCGGAAAAAGAUCUUCAAGGAGCAAGUCGAGCAGCUGCUGAUGCAAUACGUGUUUCCGGAGUUUGGUAGCCCACACGGGCACCUGCGGGCCCGGGCCUGUUGGGUGAUGCACUACUUCAGCGAUAUCAAGCUUAAGAAUCCGCAGGUCCUGGAGCAAAUUAUGCGCUACCUCAGCAACGCGCUUCUCACCGACAAGGACCUGCCGGUGAAGGUGGAAGCUGCGGUUUCCAUGCAAAUGUUCCUCAUCUCGCAGGACGAGGCCGCACCAUUCUUGAGCACACAGAUCAAGGAGAUCACGAUGGAGCUGCUGAAGAUUAUACGCGAAACGGAAAACGAAGAGCUGACCACCGUGCUGCAGAAGAUCGUGUGCACCUACUCGGACCAGCUGCCACCGAUCGCGAUCGACAUCUGUCAGCAUCUGGCGACCACCUUCAGUCAGGUGCUGGAAACGGAUGAAAGCGGCGACGAAAAGGCGAUCACCGCGAUGGGACUGCUCAGUACGAUGGAGACCCUGCUGGCGGUGAUGGACGAACAUCCGGCGGUGCUGGCCUCGCUUCACCCGAUCGUGCUGCAAGUGAUCGGGCACGUGUUGCAGCAGAACGUGUUUGAGUUCUACGAGGAAGCAUUUGCGCUCGUGUGCGACCUAACCUUGAAGAGCAUCUCGCCCGACAUGUGGAAGCUUCUCGAGAUUAUCUAUGAGUUGUUCCAGAAGAAUGGGGCCGAUUACUUCGUUGACAUGAUGCCAGCAUUGCACAAUUACAUCACCGUCGACACUCCCGCCUUCCUGUCCAACCCGAACCACGUGAUCGCGAUGUACAAUAUGUGCAAGUCGAUACUGACCAGCAGCACGACGGAAGAGUCGGAAUGCAGUGCGGCCAAGCUGCUGGAGGUUAUCAUUCUGCAGUGCAAGGGACACAUUGACGAUUUCAUACCGAGCUUCGUCGAGCUAGCGCUGAUGCGGUUGACGCGAGAGGUGAAAACGUCCGAGCUGCGAACGAUGUGCUUACAGGUGGUUAUAGCAGCGAUCUACUACAACCCCACUCUGUUGUUAGAAAUACUGGAAAAGUUCCCGAACCCGGCGCCCAAUUCCUCCAUCACUGCUCACUUCAUCCGGCAAUGGCUGCACGAUUACGAUUGCUUCCUUGGUAUUCAUGAUCGUAAGCUUUGCAUCAUCGGGCUGUGCACGUUGCUGUCGCUGGGCGAUCGGAAGCCGACGGUGCUGAGCGAACUACCGGACAAGAUCAUUCCAACGAUGCUGAUGGUGUUCGAUGGGUUGAAGCGUGCGUACGCUGCCCGUGCAUCCGAAGGCGAAGAGGAGGAAAGCGAAGACGAAAGCGAAGACCUGGAGGACGGACUUUCGAGUGACGAAGACGACGUGGACGAAAUGAACCCAUACUUCAAGAACGUGUCGAAGAUGGUGCAAGAUAAGGGUGCGGAGGCCGGCUUCGAGAUAACGGCUUCGAUUCAGGACGCCGAUAGUGAUGAGGAUGACGACGACGAAGAUGACGAUACCGAAGACGGUGAUGAGCUUGAUGAAACAGCGCUGGAAGGCUACACGACACCGCUGGACGAUGAGGACAAUCCGAACGCAGUGGAUGAGUACAUCCUGUUCCAGGAUGUCAUGAACAAUCUUCCCAACACGGAUCCGGCCUGGUAUACAAUGCUUACCAGAAAUUUGAACGCGUCAGAGCAAAAGAACCUGCAGGAGGUACUCGUGCUGGCGAAUCAGAAGAAGGAAGCAAAACGAUCGAAGCAGAUCGCGGAGCAGAACAGCGCAGCAGGAUAUCAGUUCACUCAACAUCAAAUUCCCAGCAGCUUUAGCUUCAGCGCACCCCAGCCACCGCAGUAGUAGUAGCGGUGAGAGUGCCCUUGUUUCGAAGCAGAAUUUUCCCAUCGGUUUCCACUCGCCAGUGGCACCUCUGCAUUCGUUGUAAUGGAAAGAAAAACAACAUAAUCCACCACACGCCUCCAGCGGAUUCGAAACAGAGAACGAGCAACCACUACACGGUUUUAAAAGGCUUUAUUUAUACGCUUAGUUCUAUCAGCAGCAGCAGCAGCCGCAACAAUAUUGUUUAUAAUGUUACAGAGGGCUAACUAAAAGAACACACCACCACGAUCCUCGAAACAACCAAUUUCUGCUUUACUUUUUUCUUUUCAAAAUAAUAAAACAGUUGUGUGCAUGCGUGUAACGAAAGUGUAAAGCUGUGCGCUCGCGUACGCGCGCGGAUCAAGAAAAUCGAAACACAAAACACAAUAAAUGUUGGAUAUUAAACUCAGCUUAGUUUCGUCUCCGAGCGGUGCCGGUACCGGGGUUUAGUUAGUCCACUGUUGUAGUAGAUGAUGGGUUAUUGUGGGGUUUUAAUGAACAGUGAAAGUGGCAGGGAAAACGGUUCCCAGUUGUUGAUGGUAUGGAUCCGAAACCAAGCUGUCGUUGGGCGUUAGUGUGCCACAACGCUGCACAUAGCGUUGGUAAUAACCGAAGGCUUUAUUCUGUGAUGCUUUCGAUUUAAGACACAUAAAAGUGUUUCGUUUAUAUUGAUGCGCUUUGGAGACAUGUUUUUCCAUAGCCCCUCUUUGCGGAAUCGUUGGGUAUAUUGCAGCACAUCAGUGUCCGUUGUUGCAGCUUGUUGUGAUAGUAGGCUGAUUACAUGGGUAAUACUUGUGAAUGGUGGGCAUUUGGUUUCCGCACAACAAACCCCGACUGUAAAAGGAAUUGGCCUAUUGGUCAACGAUCUCCCAGUAGCUUCAUCCUGUGAACCGUAAUGAAAGCCCAAUCGUUCCGACGCUGUGUUGACACACACAAGCCAUGUUUAAUCGAUGAAGAACCCUGGUUGUGAGAUGAAACUGCAAAAAAGAAAGAUAGAAACACGCAAUGCACGCAACAAACAAUUUGCAACUCAGAAACGAAGUUAGCGAAAGCAAACACAACGAAUCGAGCAUUUAUCGCCGCGUUACUUUUCAGGGCCAUAGAAAUACGAAACCCAGUGACAAGCUUCGAGCGAUCGAAACAAGAUUGUAGCGACUUGUAGCAAAGGAAACUAAAUAUUUAUGAGGGCUGAGAAAAGGAGCCGGA